GUUGUGUCUAGAGACAGACAAAACAGAACCUCUCUCUCUCUCAAGUCUCAACUGAAGUAGUUAGUAGUAAAGGUAAAAAACCCAAAAAAAUCUGUUAAUUUCCCUUUUGCCCCGCACUCUUCAAAAAAUCACAAAGAAGCAGCAGCAAACUUGAAAGAAGAAAGGUCAUUUCGUUGACGUCACAGAUCCAUCUGCGGUCUCUCUCUCGAUGUUAAUCAGCAGCAGCAGCAGUCCAAACGGCGGAUUCCAGCUCUCCGGUGGCGGCGGCGGCGGUAGAUUCUGGUGGGAAGUUGUGCCAGUGGCGCCGUCGUCGAGAACAACUCUUGCUUUCACUGCCUUAGCCGGAAUCGCCGUGUUCGCCGCCCUGCUCUACACUACCAGUAGGUAAUAAUACUAGAAGAACCACAAAAAAAUACCCUAAUUUUUUUGAAAUAUUUUGAAGAAAAGAGUGAGAUUAUUAAGUAGAUGAAAGCUCUAAAACGGAGUCAAACAUCGUCGUCUUCGUCAAAUUCAUCUUCUCCUCCGUCGUCCUCGUCUUCGUCGUGGAUUCAUUUGCGUUCGGUUCUCUUUGUAGUUAAUUCCUCCUCACCGGCUUAUUGUUCCUCCUCUUCCUCUUCUGAUCGGGGCCGGCUUAAGUCGCCAUGGUCUCGAAGGAAGAGAAAACAUGCCCUUACUCCUAGGCAAUGGAAAAGUUUGUUUGCACCAGAUGGCAAACUCCGUGAUGGCGGAGUUAAGUUUUUGAAGAAAGUUCGAAGCGGGGGUAUUGAUCCAAGUAUUAGAGCAGAGGUCUGGCCAUUCCUACUUGGAGUAUAUGACUUGAAUAGUACCUCAGAAGAGAGAGAGAUUAUAAGAACCCAGAAAAGAAAGGAAUAUGAGAAUUUUCGCAGACAGUGCCGUCGACUUCCCAAACACGGCAAUGAUUGCUCCAAAGGAACCAGUGAAAGAAGCUGUAUCGAGGACAGUGGAAGUCUUGCUGAAGACUCUGACUAUUCAAGUUAUGAAGAUGUUGUUAGUGCCAGGGAGUCUCUUUCCAGUGAGGAAAGGAGUCCUGAUGUUGAGGACUCUGAUGACCCUUCCAGUGCACUGUUGGAAGGUUAUGAUGCUUCAGGACAGACCACAAACACUGAUGCCUCUGCACUAAACACCGAGUCUUCUGACUCAGAAUCUUCUGAGGAUCCUGAAGUCAUUCAGGCUUCCUCCUCUUCAGAGGGCAGGGAAGAGAAUGAUCUUGAUGUGCCUUUGAAAGAGAACACUUCUCCCUCAAGGACUGAGCUCCAUCCAAACCAAUGCACUGGUGAAAAUUUUGCCACAUGGCAGCGGAUCAUUCGUGUUGAUGCAGUGCGAGCCAAUGCUGAAUGGAUUCCAUAUUCUCCGUCUCAGGCAACAGUUUCAGAGUUAAGAGCACGUCAUGCUGCAGAUGCUGUUGGGUUGAAGGACUAUGAUUUGCUGGAACCCUGCAGAAUUUUCCAUGCUGCAAGACUAGUUGCUAUUCUUGAAGCCUAUGCAGUCUAUGACCCUGAAAUUGGGUAUUGCCAGGGAAUGAGUGAUCUACUUUCUCCAAUAAUUGCAGUGGUCACGGAGGAUCAUGAGGCUUUCUGGUGUUUUGUGGGUUUCAUGAGAAAGGCUAGGCAUAAUUUUAGGCUUGAUGAAGUGGGGAUUCGAAGGCAACUCAGUAUUGUUUCCAAGAUUAUCAAAUGCAAAGACUCCCACCUCUACAGGCACUUGGAGAAGCUACAGGCUGAGGAUUGCUUUUUUGUUUAUAGGAUGGUAGUGGUGUUGUUCAGGAGAGAAUUGACAUUUGAACAGACAAUUUGCCUCUGGGAGGUGAUGUGGGCAGAUCAGGCAGCAAUAAGGGCUGGUAUUGGAAAGUCUGCUUGGAGCAGGAUAAGGCAGCGAGCACCACCAACAGAGGAUUUAUUGCUUUAUGCUAUUGCAGCUUCUGUGUUACAGAAAAGGAAAUUAAUCAUAGAGAAAUAUAGCAGCAUGGAUGAGAUCUUAAGGGAAUGCAAUAGCAUGUCUGGGCACCUUGAUGUAUGGAAACUCCUCGAUGAUGCGCAUAAUCUGGUGGUGAACCUUCAUGACAAGAUAGAGACGCCCUUCCGAUGACUUCUUUUCAAACAUUUUAUCAGUGAUUUAUGUCCUUAAAUUCUUAUAAAGGUUUUUGUUCUGUAAGGGGUAUUGCCAGCCUCCUUAUGUUCUGCUCGAAACGUGCCCGAAGGAGGAGGUUAUCCAUCCUCAGCAAUGCUGCUAGCUGCUAGCUGCUCGCUUUCGAGCCUUUAGUUGAAGUGGCAUUACAUGAAAAGAUUUUUAUAUGCAUUCUACUCAAACCAUUUAUUUUGAAUACAGAAACGAUCUUCAUCUUCGCCAAAUCAAAUCAAAUCAAGCAGGUGGGAUCUGUGUUGUCGAUCAAUGUACCAUAUUGAAUGAGAAAUAUCAAGAUUUUGAUCAUUGAAUCCCAAA